UGCUACGUCACAGCUGUUAGGUUAGCAACACUUUAGCACAGCUGUGACACAAACAACAGUCGUCUCAACCGUUUCCUGUUAGCACUAGCAUCCACAACGUAGCCGCAUCAUCAAACUCAACGUGUAAACAUGUUGAAUUAACGAAAGCGUUUAUACCUGGUCGGUGUUAUAUCUGUUUUUAGUGUAGCGUUAUUGAAGUCGGAGGUAGUCGGGAGCUGUGACGCGACUGUUAGCUGCCUAGCUGCUAGUAGCUGACUGUAGCUAGCAUCCAUCAGAGGAAGAUGGGGUCCAUCCUGAGCCGCAGAAUCGCUGGUGUUGAGGACAUCGAUAUCCAGGCCAACUCAGCCUAUCGAUUCCCCCCGAAAUCUGGGAAUUAUUUUGCGAGCCACUUCUUCAUGGGAGGAGAGAAAUUUGACACACCACAUCCAGAGGGAUACCUUUUUGGAGAAAAUAUGGACCUGAAUUUUCUUGGAAAUAGGCCAGUGCAGUUUCCAUAUGUGACGCCUGCCCCCCACGAGCCUGUGAAAACUCUGAGAAGUCUGGUCAACAUUAGAAAGGAUUCUCUGCGUUUGGUCAGGUAUAAAGAUGACUCUGACACACCGGUGGAGGAAGGUGGAAAACCAAAGGUUCAGUAUGGUGUGGAGUUCACUUUUGAUGCUGAUGCUCGGGUGGCCAUCACUCUCUACUGCCAAGCAUUUGAGGAGUUCACCAACGGGAUGGCAGUGUACAGCCCAAAGAAUCCAUCACUGGUCUCUGAAACUGUGCAUUACAAGCGAGGGGUGAGCCAACAGUUCUCCAUGCCAUCUUUUAAAAUAGAUUUCUGCGAGUGGAAAGACGAAGAUCUGAACUUUGACCUCGACCGAGGAGUGUUCCCCAUGGUAAUCCAAGCUGUGGUUGAUGAAGGGGAUGAUUGCCUCGGACAUGCUCACGUACUUUUGGCAGCCUUUGAAAGACACGUUGAUGGCAGUUUCUCCGUCAAGCCUCUGAAGCAGAAACAAAUUGUGGACCGUGUGAGCUACCUCUUACAGGAGAUCUAUGGGAUUGAGAACAAAAACAACCAAGAAACCAAGCCAUCAGAUGACGAGAACAGUGACAACAGCAACGAGUGUGUUGUCUGUCUGUCUGACCUGCGAGAUACACUCAUCCUGCCCUGCAGACACCUGUGUCUCUGCAACUCCUGCGCAGACACUCUGCGUUACCAGGCCAACAACUGUCCGAUCUGCAGGCUGCCCUUCAGGGCCUUGCUGCAGAUCAGAGCUGUGAGGAAAAAGCCUGGUGCUCUUUCCCCCGUGUCCUUCAGCCCUGUUCUGGCUCAGACUAUGGACCAUGACGAGCACUCCAGCACAGACUCGGUUCCUCCCGGCUUUGAACCCAUCUCACUGUUAGAGGCUCUGAAUGGUCUGCGGUCAGUGUCUCCUGCCAUCCCAUCUGCUCCCCUCUAUGAUGACAUCAACUUCACAGGGGGCGGUGAAGGCAGGCAGCUGAGCUCCCCAGAGCAUUUAAGUGAUGGGAGCCUGCAGAAAGGCAAAGUCAGCAAGUCACCUGACAGCACCCUUAGGUCUCCAUCGUCUCCCAUCCAGGAAGAAGAUGAGGAGAAGCUGUCCGAGAUGUCUGACGCUCAGCCACUCACGCUGCUGUCCAGCAGCCCCGCUCCCACUGAUGCCACAGCCGCAGAAGACGUGGCAGAAUCCCUGUCUCCAGAUGAUGAUCCAGAGGACAGGAUGCAUUCUGGAGCGGACAUCCUACAGGACUGCAGCAGUGAACACAGCAGCUUGACCAAAACAGAGAGCGACCCACCGGGCGACCUGUCCCUGCCAGCUCUAGGUCCUGAUGCCUGCUCUAUUGGUAUGGAGGAAUAACUGUGGUUCAUCCGAGUCAACAGAAAGCCUGAAAAGUCAGAGCACAAACUGCUCCAGCCAGCCUCUCCUGUGUCCCACGAGCAGCCUUCAUAUGGAAGACGAGCACCUCAACCCUUGACUCUGAUCCAGCCUUUUCCCUCCCAUUCAUCAGAACAGGUUUAUGCAUUACAAAAAUCAUCCAGUCCCUUUUAUUCCUUUUACCCCCCCACCCCCAGAACUAGGCUUCUGCUUCAGUGAUCAGAGACAAUGACGGCCCUGAAGUAAGUCCACACAGGACGAGGUAGGACUCUGUUUAAUCCAUCAGUGUCUCUACGGGAGUCAAAUUUCUUUUUUCUAAUGUCAAAUAUGUUCUUUGUACCUUACUCUAUGACUGAUGUUUUUAAAAAAAAAAAAAAGAUAUUGUUUCCCCAACUUCUAAAACAUUUCAUUAACUGUCUGAUGGUGUUCAGUUGUGGUCUAGUAAUGUGGAUUCCAGAGAUACUUCACUACCUGUCAUGGUGGUUUUAAGCACACUUACUUUAAAUAUUAACUCUGUAUCAAUUACUUAACACAAAAUUCAGAAGAAUUUUUAAAUACAGUCUAGAUAUUGUGUUCAUCAGUAAAAUACACUUAUGACUUGAGAACUUAUUUUUACAGUAAGGAUCAUUUGGGUUAUAAGCAGAAAUGUAUCUGUGUGUCCAUUUGAAGUGAUUUUGCACUCCAACAAAAAAUCGUUUAUAAUCCAUUCCUUAUAACGAGAGUUUAUGAUGAGAUGAGUUUAAGUUGUCUGCCAUCUUAAACAUCUACAUGUCACUUUUUAUUAUUAUUAUUAUUUCUAAUGAUGUGAUAUCUAUGUAUCAUAACUGUACUAGAAUCCUGUGUAGUUACUUCCAAAGUUGUAUACUUGCAUAUUAAAUAGAAAAAAAAGAUCCUGAUAUUGAAAUAAUGGAACUAGAUUCAGUUAACAUGCACAUUAUAUAAGACUUGGAUAAUAGAGCUACAGAUUCACAUCCUAACAGCUAAACUCAAAGAUAGCUAAAGCCUGCAACAAGCAUAGACGCUCCAUGUAUGCUGACUCACUAUGGCACAGUAAGUGUGCUUGUCGUAGAUGUGGCAGAUCUCUGUACAGUCUUUUUGUCUGCUUAUGUGAUGUAGCUGCAAAAAAAAAAGGGGUUCCGGUGUUUGUGUGGCUGCAACAUCUUUACAUAACUUGUUCCUGUAUGUGUAGCGCCAUGCAUAUAGAUCUAUGUGCCUUCAAUUGAUAUGGCUGCCUGCUUGUUGCAUUGGGCAUUAGUGUUCUUAUAAAUGCUACAAUAUACAACAGUUUUCAGCCCGUAGACAGGAUUUUUUGAUGCUGAUGUACAGAGCCUUUUUUUCUAUCGCAAACUUCAUGCUACUGGAAAAACAUGUAUCUUGUUAUUGUUAUUGCAAUAUGAAAUUGAACUGUUCAUUUUACUAUGUUACGGCCAUGUAUCAAUUAUGCAUUUAAUCUUAGUAUUUAGGUUCAAGCGGAUUCUCUUAAUGUACGUUUGAUUGGAAGGACCACAUCCAAUGCAAUAAGUGCAAACAUUGCAUUUUAAUAAUUGGGCUACCAUUUGCAUGUGAAUUCGUAGAGUCUUAAACCUCUCACGGCUUUUAAGUAACAUAGUUAUUUUGUCUUUCCCCCCUCUUUUGUGCCAUUUCAACUUGACACUGUGCCUUCCUGUUCCUGUUCUGACCACUAUUGACCUGGUAUCCAGGAUAACUCCACAGUAGGUGGUUUGUGGCUCUGUAAAAUCAAUAUCUGUAUUUCCUUGUGUGUAAAGCAGCAUGUCUAUAACAAUAAAGAACAAAGAUUCAGUACUUCAACUA